AUGAUUUUAUCUGCAAAUUUAUGGCUAACGAUUUCGCUGAUGCUGAUAAGUUUUGCAUUAGGUAAUGAAGAUGCAAAACGAUUGUAUGAUGAUCUAAUGAUUCACUAUAACAGGCUCAGUAGGCCGUCAUCAAAUCCUCAUAUUCCAGUAACCAUUAAACUUAAAUUACGACUUUCGCAAAUCAUUGAUGUGCAUGAAAUUGAUCAGAUAAUGACAUGUAGUGUAUGGCUAAGGCAAGAAUGGAUUGAUGAAAAACUUUCUUGGGAUCCAAAGCGAUACGGCGGUGUUAAUGUGCUCUAUGUGCCAUAUGAGAUGAUAUGGGUUCCAGACAUUGUGCUUUAUAAUAAUGCUGAUAAUAAUUAUAAUAUAACAAUCAGUACAAAAGCAACAUUACGUUAUGAUGGCGUAGUGACAUGGGAACCUCCAGCAAUAUUUAAAAGUAUGUGCCAAAUUGAUGUUCGAUGGUUUCCAUUUGAUGAACAAAAAUGUCAUUUGAAGUUCGGAUCGUGGACAUAUUCGGACGAUUUGCUGGAUUUAAGGCUGUUGGAUGGUGAAGAGCGUUAUGAACUCGAGAUGAAUGAGCAUGGUGAAGUUGACAAUGUAACAGUUAUUGAUGAUGGCAUCGACUUAUCAGACUAUUAUCCAUCAGUAGAAUGGGAUAUAAUGUCUCGAGUAGCGAAACGGCAUAGUAAAAACUAUCCUUCUUGUUGCCCAAAGAAUGAAGCAUAUGUAGACAUAGUGUUUUAUUUGGAGUUACGUCGUAAACCACUUUUUUAUACGGUGAAUCUCGUAUUUCCAUGCGUUGGCAUCUCAUUUUUAACUAUUCUCGUAUUUUACUUACCUUCGCAUAGCGGUGAAAAAGUUGCUUUGUGCAUUUCAAUUUUAUUCGCGUUAACAAUUUUCUUCUUAUUACUCAUAGAAAUUAUACCAGCGACGAGUAUUAGUUUACCACUGAUUGGCAAAUACCUUCUAUUCACAAUGGUUAUGGUCACUCUUAGCGUUGUCGUCACAGUUGUUUCUUUGAAUCUGCAUUUUCGUACACCCACAACUCAUAUAAUGCCAGAUUGGCUUAAAUGGGUCUUUUUAAAAUUUUUACCAAAGUUACUCUUUAUGCGAAGGCCAAUAAAUGAUUCUGCUGAUCAGUUUCGAAAAGUUUGUCAAAAUAAAGUUGAUAAAGUUCUAAUGAAUUAUCACGAAUAUCGAAUGAAUCGUAAUCUCGGAAAUGCUAACAAACUUAACGUAAAAUUCGACGAUCGGAUUCAGAAGAUUUAUCAUUCUCCGACCGUAAUAAAAGCUUUCAAAAAUAUUUGUGUUAUAGCUGAAUUAUUGAAAAAAAAAGAUCGUGAUAAUAAGAUUGAUGAAGACUGGAGAUAUAUUGCGAUAGUUCUUGAUCGACUUUUUCUUCUAAUAUUCUCUUUCACAUGCUUUUUUGGAACGAUAAUUAUAUUAAUCCAGGCUCCAACUUUAUAUGACAAUAGAGAAGCGAUUGACUUACAAUAUCGUCCAACAAAUAUCACUUCGUUCUUUCUACAUCGAUAA